AGAUUCAUUACUUAUUUUAGUACUUUCUUUUAUUCCUCAUGGAGUAGCUGUGUGUGUUUUAUCCUUUUGAGAGAGAGAGAGCAAGGAUGAGAGAGGCUCCCUCCCAGAGGCUAUCCCUUCUCAAAUCCUAGCUUUAAUUGUGGCAUAUGAAGCGAGGGACAGAGACGAUCGGAUCAGAGAUAAGAGCUGUGAGGCACCGAGACUCCGUGCCGAUGGUGGAUUUCGGGGGGAAAAACAACACUGAUUGAAGUCGACUAGUUCCUACCAGUGAGUAAGUGAGGGAGAAAGAGAAAAGGGAACAGCCAUGAGAAGCAGUGGGAGGAAGAAAGCGCCAGAAAGGGAGUGAGUGCAAUGCGUGAGGGGAAGUGAGAAAGAGAGAGAGGGAUCGGGAGGGGAGAGAGAGAGAGAGAGAGAGAGCAAGCUAUGGAGAGACAGAAAGCAUGCAACAGCCACUGAACCUGGAAGGCAGGAACAGUGAAGAGGAAGCAGCGGAAUACGGAGGCUCUCAGCCAAAUGCAGGAGCAAUGGAAUACGAGCGAAGGCAGUGUGUGCUUGUUCAGGAGGAGGGAGGGAGGCUGUCAACGGUCCAGCAGCAGAGAACAACGUGGGGAUAAUAUCAGAAACAGGCACUGACUGGAACCAGAGGGAGAGGGUGGGGGAGCCAAGGAACAUGCUGACGAAAAAGUUUUAGUCGUCAGGAGGGAGAGAACUUGCAUGACAACCCCAUCCAGCCAAGAGCGGUGAAGGACAAAUCUGUUCCGGAGUCUCAAUAUGAAGCCUCUCUCCUGUCUCUGUUAUGCUCGCUGAUACCGGAGAGCUUGGGCGACAUACACUUCCACGUCACUUCUGGCUUGUACAGAAGUAGAACAAGAUGGGACACUCUGCAAAGAGUGGGAAGGGAUCGUUGUUUAGUUCUGAACCCGAGGACUACAACAAGAUGGGUUCUCAUGGAUCUAAGCCGACCCUCCAUAAUGGAUACCGUCUCCAUUCAAGGUUAUCUCUGACCACUCUGAAGUGGCAUUCAAAGCUGUUCAGGACUAGCAAGAGCUGUCAAAGUGAGCCUAGUAGUAUGAGGUGGCGUAAGUGUCAGGGGCAGGGAUUACAACACAACAGCGCCUCUGUGAGGGACCGCUCGAGAGAAUGCAGCUUUGUGGAAAACCUCCACCAAACCCAGACACCCCUCCCUUUGAGGAAAUGUGCUCUGGAUUUGCCGACGCAGUUCAUAGGUCAAAGAAACUGUGGAGUGACUGUUUGCGUGGUAGCACAACAAUCCGGCUCUGUCAGAGAUCUGCAGGCGCCUGGGCAACCCAAGGCCAAUGAGCACACCUUUGAAAAACGUCAAACACCUAAAACCAGCUGCAGUAGCCAUCCAGUAGACUGUAGUCUAAACAGCACAAGACAGAUUACCCCCAACUCAAUGGGGCACACAACAGAAGGAAGUGACGGCUACAGGUCCAUGCAUGAAGUUUUCUUUACUACAGAAGUUCCCCAAAAAGUCACCAUCAACCACAAGACAUGUCCUAAAGAGGAUUCGUCAAAACCGUCAGGCAACAAGGGGCAGCCCCUGAAUGAAGACGUUUUCAUCUUCAAAUCGAAGAAAGCUCAAAGGGUUCUCCAGGAGCAGAUUCGUAAAGUAGUUGUGAAUCUCGAGGAGGUACUCCGUGGCUUGAAGGAAGUACAUUUGGAAAUGAAGGAGGUGGUCCAGCAGAUUGACCAACUGACCUCCAGAAUUGACCUGGGAGAGGAGGACAGUGGAGAAGCUUCUGGAUAUUGCAGCCCUAUUGAAAGCAUUUGUGCCCCAGAGGACGUGAAGAAAUCCAGGCGGCUUGGAGCAUGUUGUAAAGACCAGAAACGGAGUGAAAGCCAUUUGAAUGUUGAUCCACCAGCAUACCAAACUGCACUUUCAUCUAGAAACAAUUCAGGGCGGAAAUUCAAUCAUGGAACGGCAGUGUCCCAAAUGAUUAAGGGGCCUAAAUCAGAAGCGGGUGCACAGUCUAGAAGCCGGAAGCCUCCUCCAUACUCCAUUAUUUGGGGGGCAAAUAAAGGAAAAACUCCCCCUUAUGCUGGCAGACGAAGACUGCUGUCCACUACUGUGUAAUGGGGCACCUGCUUGAGGGCAGCUUGGGAAAGAUUACAGUUUGAAGAAGCCUGUAUCCAAGGAGACCGGCAGCGUUAAGUAAGUAUGGUUGAAGUGUCGCCGCAUGCAGUCGACUGAUUCAGCACCUCACUAUUCAAACAAGAUUCACUUUCAGUGCUUGUUAAGUAUGCACCAUGUUGUGUCUACGUAUGUGUCUGUUCAGCUGUGCUGAUUUAGGCCCAUUUUUGACAAUAACAGUCAGAUGUCACCUGUAGAUUAGUGCCAGUCGACAAUGACAUUUUGGGAUGAAUGUACCUGCAGAAUCACUGCUUAUUUUGUUGAGAUAGUAGUAAUCUGUGACCUGUGAAAGAUUUGUAUUUCUCUUAGUCGAAGAUUUUCUAGUAUUGAAAAUGACAAUCAUUAAAGUGGUCUUUGUAUUUUAAAAGUAUCUCUAGAAACCAUUUCAUCUUGUAUUCUUGUGGAUCCAAAACCUGUCUGGUUGUGAAACAGGAAUACACCCAGGAUUGGAAUGGCGGUCAAUUACAGAGCACCUUCUGCACUCACAUUUACAUGCUAAUCCAAAUGGUAGCAUAAACAAUCUGCCUAAUGGCAUAUUUCAGGAGGUGGAAGGGGGAAACCUGAAGAACCAGGAUGAAGCAUACAUGAACUGUAGUGGAGAAAUCUGAACAGACAUCAGUGAUGGGAAGAUCGGAUUGAAUCUUUCUCGGUUGUUUGUUCCUUUAAAUCAGAAAUAAAAUGUAAAAUCGUUUUUGGGAAAAAAGUGUCUAUGGGAGUCACGUGAUAAAGAAUAAACUACAAGAGUAAACUACUCAACUCUGUUUCCUGUACGUAACCUCGUGUAGAAAAUGAACGGAUCACUCUGAGAAUACUCUUUUUUCUGAAUCACAUUAAAGACUUGGAACUAAAAGACAGGAGCUCAAGCUUCUGAACUGCUAAUUCUAGACCUGUGAGGUAGCAACUCUACCUGCUGUAUCGCUAUGCCUCCCUUUAUAAGCAGUACAUUUAACUAAUAAUGUUGUCAUGAUUAUUCAUCUACCCUCUCAUAGGAAAUAAAGCCUCUCUGGCUGACAUUUCCAGUCGAGGUGUGGCCAUUACAGACUAAAAUAAACCAAUAUUGCACAAUAUACCAUAUUCAGUUGCUAUAUUUACUUAGUUUUUGUUCUUCCCCUCAGACUAUGCAUUAAGCACUGUUUAUUUUACAAUGCUAG